AUGAUAAGGACACUAGCAGUGAAGGAAAGCGAGAAGGGCCCACAAGAAGAAAGUGAGCCAGAGGUGUUCCUGCAGGCUAGGACUAUCGACCCGCAGCAAGCAGCGGGCGAACUUGAAAAGUGGGUCCCCCCACUGUUGGACGAAUACACUGGGUUACGCUUUCAAUAUGAAGCCAUCUACCCCAUCGACGUGAACCAGUUGUGUGAGGAAGAUGUGCAGAGUGGAGCAAUAGAAAUCCUACCUGCAAAGGUGGUGUUCACGAGAAAGCCACCGGUGGGAAAAAGACGCGCGCGCAUAGUGGCGUGCGGAAACUUUCAGCAGAAGACCUGGAGCGAUCAAGUUGCAGUUGCUCGUCGAGAGGUAUACGCCUCUGGGCUAGACACCAUCGCGUUGAGAAUCCAGUUGCGACAGGCGUCUCUAUGUGGGUGGACCGCUGCAAUCCUAGACAUAAGAAAAGCCUUCCUGUAUGCGCCGCUGCACGAACGGAAGGGAAAAGGAAAACGCAUAAUCUUGAUGCCGCCUAAAAUACUGGUCAAGGCCAAGAUAAUCCCACCGUCGGAGCGAUGGGUUAUCCAGAGAGCACUAUACGGCUUGGACUUAAGCCCGGCGGCAUGGAGCCGACACCGUGACAAAUGUCUUUCUCAGCUGAAGUGGGCCUUCGAGGGUUUGGAGUACAGACUAACACAGAGCGAUUCCGAACCGUCUCUUUGGAAAAUCCAGGAUUCCAGCAACGCUUUGAAGGGGCUCAUUGGCGUAUAUGUUGACGAUAUGCUCUUGAGUGCUUGCAGAGGCUUAUUGGAAUCAGUGGCAGGGGCCAUUCAGACGCUUUGGGAGACCAGCGACAUUAAGUUUGCGGAGGACGGUUUGCACUUUCUUGGUGUUGAUAUCCGGCUGCACAAUGGUAGGUAUUACCUAACACAAGUGAGCUAUGUCACCGAGUUGCUGAACAGGCAUCCCGAAAUUGAGGGGACUGCGUCGACGCCGUAUCCAGCUGAGAAGGAUCAGGAGACCCAAGAAGAGAAUAUCCAGAUGGAGUCGGUUCGCUUAGUGCAGGGGCUGAUUGGAGAAUUAACGUGGUUGGCCACGAAAACAAGGUUGGAUAUCGCGUGGGCGGUGAACCGUGCUUCUCAGCUUUCUAGCAAGCGUCCUAGCAGGGCGAUUGCAGUGUGCCAAAACAUCGUGCGAUAUCUCCGAGGAAAGCCGGAUUUGGGCCUGGUGUACGGGCCGAAGCCUGCGCAGGGCGUGAAGGUCGAAAUGACGGAGGGGACUCUAGAAGUCGCCACAGACGCGUCGUUUGCACCGCUGGGCGAAAAGUCACAAACCGGUGUGGUGUUAAAAUGGGCCGGCGCUGUCAUCGGCUGGGUUUCCUCAAAGCAGACGUUCGUCUGCCUGAGUUCGGCAGAAGCUGAGCUAUAUGCGGCCAUGGAAGGUAUGGUCAUGACAGACAGUGUCAGUGACCUGGUACGCGAACUAGUAGGGCAGGUGGCGCCAGCUCUCUAUUCGGACAACGUUGCAUGCACUUGCUUGAUCGCUCUCCCGGCGGGCUCAUGGAGAACCCGUCAUUUGAGACUUCGCGCGAGAAGAUUGCACGAGAGAAUAGAGAAUGAGGAGCUUCAAUGUUUUCACCUACCAGGGGAGGUCAUGACCGCGGACCUAUUAACCAAGUCGCUUUCGUCUCAGAGGAUGCAGAAGCUACUUGACUUGGCUGGAGUCGUCCAGUUGUCCCAUGUCUUAAGAUGCGCCGUGGUGGUGCUGAGCAUCUCCAGAGCGCAAGCUCAGCCAUCUGAAGAUGAAGAAGAUGAAGGGCAAGGAGACUUAGAGAUCUUCAGGGGCCACCUGAGAACGGAGAACUAG